CGGGACGCCUCGCUUAACAUCAAUCAAACCAAUCUGGAGUGGCAGAUCUUUAGCCGCUCUGUGCCCCAUGGAGCAAUUUCAAUCUACAACAAAUAUGUUGGACGCAUCGACUACGUUUGCCAAUUCUGGUGCAACGCCGGCUUCUACAGCCCAAACUUAGGUCCUUACUGCCACUACUCAUAUGGAGGGAAAGAGUACAAUAGCUUUGUAUGGCCAUUUGAGAUUCUUGUGAACAAAGAUAACUUUGAGUUUAUGGAAUGGAAGGAUGGCUCUUACGGUUCAGUGCCUCCGAAUUCCGUCAAGACCUGCUCCAAAGAAGUAUAUGUUGGGAUGAACGAGUAUGGUCUUGGAAAGGUGGAUGUUAACGAUAAGGUAUUCUACCUUCCCUGGGAAGGUUCUGAGUAUUGGUACAGGUACUACCAGGUCCUGACCUUAAACAAAGAAAUAUACAGUGAGCACUUGUCUGAAGUGAAGUAUAAGACUGAUGGGGUUAAACCCAUUGAGUAUCCUCCAGAGACCAUGCGCAAGUCUGCCAUCACCAACUACCAGUGCCAGACAGUGACAGGGACAGCAACCCUCUCAAAGACAUACCAAGUGGAGCAAAGGUGGGACACCAGCUUUUCUAUCACAGCGGGUGUCCAGACCAGCAUCACUGCUAGAAUCCCCAUAAUUGGCUCCAUAGGAAUCGGGUUUAGCGAGGAGACGACCCUCCAGUUCACCAAGGGGACAACUUAUAUUGAGUCCACCACCCACACUGUUUCUGUUGAGUGCAAAGUCCCACCAAACCAGUCCUGUGGCGUCAGUAUGGUGGGAUAUCAGUACGGGGCAGAAAUCCCUUACACCGCACGCCUCAGCCGCACCUACAGCAACGGGGAGACCACAUGGACGUCCAUCACCGGGACCUACAAAGGUGUCCAAAUGGGAGAAAUCCUAGCUGUGAUGGAUCGCUGUGAGCCUGUACCUGAUCCCACGCCCUGUCCCUGAAAUAAUGAUGAAAUACAACACCUGACCAAUUGCAUGUGGG